UACGUCAUGACGCAGUCGAAAAGAAAACAUGGCGCUGCCCUCCAGCUGUCGUCUCUUCGUGGAGCAAGGACUUUGUAUGAGACGGGCGGUGAGGCAGGCAGUGAGGACGGUCUGGGAAUCAGGUUUCGGCGGGUGUAAGUCGCACCAGGUGACCCGGCAGCUCUCAUUCACCCCGGUUCCGCGCGACUUCCGGCGUCGGGGGCCGUUGAGCAGAACAGCGCCCUACUGUCAUGAGGAGGGUGGAAGUGAAAACACCGGUUCCGGGGUUGCAGUGUGGAGUGCACUGGCCUUCUCACUGUUUGGCAGUAAAGAUGAAAGAACCGAGGCCCAGAAGAUGGAGGACGAGAUCAUUCUCCUGUUAAAGAAAGCAAAGUACAACAUGAUGCUCGGGGAGCUGGAUGCAGCGAACGGCUUCUUACAUAAAGCAAUUCGACUCGCCCAUCAGAGUCACAACAACGACGCCAUCAUCUACACCUACAGCCUGAUGGCUAACUUGGCGUUUGUCCAAGGUGAGCUGGACAGUGCUGAGAAACUAUUCAAAGCUGCAAUGAGUUUCAUGCUGUCUGGAGGAACACCACAGGACGACAAUGCAGUCAUUGAAAUGUCCCUGAAGUUGGCCAGCAUCUACGCCACUCAAAACAAGCAUGAAUUGGCAGAGCAUGGCUUCCAGUUUUGCACUGAGUCACUGGAGGCUAAGCUUGAAAAGCAGAAGGAUCUACCACCAGAUGCUAUAUCAGCAGAGGAGGAAAGGAAGGACACGCGGCUGCUGCUCGGCCUUAGCCUAGAUGCCCGAGCUCGAUAUCUGGCAUCGUCCCGGCGCCUGAUAGGAGCAUGCAGGGAUUACCGCCAAGCGCUGCAGAUCUGCCAGGAGGAGCAAGGAGAAGCCCAUCCUCAGACGUUGGUCUUGAUGAGUGAUUUGGCCACAAUGUUGGACCUACAAGGGAAGCACGAUGAAGCUCUGGCUCAGGUCAGGAAGGCUGUAGAACUGGGCCAGGCAUUUGGCAACCCUGAGCAACAUGUGCUGCUGGGAAACAUGGCAGGCAUUUUAAUGCACAAAGGUGAGUUCGAGGAAUCUGCAAAGCUCUUCAAGGAGGCUUUGGCCCUGGCGCAGGCGGUCGGAGAUGCAGAAGCUGUCGAGCAGUGUGAGGAAGGAUUGAAGGAGCUGAGCAGGAGGAGAGGGGAAAAAACACACACUACGGACAAGGAGUCAUCAGUCAAGCAGUGACUACACAAUAAACACUCCAACUGUGGAAGUAUAAACUCCUUAAAAGGAAGCGCAUUCGUGUGAUCCUUCAUCAUCGUCGUCGUAAUCAUGGCGAUCGCGUCAAAGCACAUACUGUAGUGAAUUUUCCACUGGGUUCUUAUUGGUGAUGAGUUCAAGCUCUGUGGUGUUAAUUUAAGAAUGAAGCUGUUUGUUUGUUUGCAGUUCCUCUGGAAAAUCUCAUACGGGAGAGACAGUGACUCAGAAAGUGCUGAUUGAGAGGAUGUAAGAAUGUCACAUCUGGAAAAAUGAUGGGUGAUUUUAUUUAUUGUCUUGUACAGCGUGUGUCUUCGUCUUGUGCAUUAUUUAGUAAACGUGUAUUUUACCGGCUAAAGACCUGGACAUCUUCUGAACAUUAAAAUCCAAUCUGA